AUGAAGUCCUCUAUUCUUUCGCUCUCCCUCUACGCCUUGGCCGCGCCUUCACUGGUCAGCGCCGGCAGCAGCAAGAAGCCCCUGGUCAACUCGCUGAAGCUGCAGAAGCUCAUCAACAUCGACGGACUCCUCGCCAGAUCCCAGAAGCUUCAGGACUUUGCUGAUGCCAAUGGAGGAAACCGUGCCUUUGGCAGCGGUGGUCACAAUGCCACCGUCGACUACAUCUACAACACCCUGAAGAAACUCGGCACUUAUGAUGUGGUCAAGCAGCCCUUCACUGAGCUCUACUCGCAGGGUACCGCUUCCCUCAAGGUCAACGGAGAGGACUUCGCUGCCGCCAUCAUGACCUACACUCCCGGCGGCGCCGUCGAGGGACCUCUGGUCGUUGCUUCCAACCUCGGAUGCGAAGUCGAGGAUUUCCCCGCCGAGACCAAGGACAACGUCGUGCUUGUGUCACGAGGCACAUGCCCCUUUGCCCAAAAGUCAACCAAUGCCAAGCAGGCCGGUGCCGCCGGUGUUAUCGUGUACAACAAUGUCCCCGGCAGUUUGUCUGGUACGCUCGGCGCUGCUUUCGGCGAUUACGCGCCUAUUGUUGGCAUCAGCCAGGAGGAGGGCCAGGCUAUCCUCGAGAAGCUCAAGGCCGGCGAGGUUACCGUUGAUCUUGACAUUAAUGCUAUCACUGAGAACCGUGUCAGCUACAAUGUCAUUGCCGAGACCAAGGAGGGUGACCACAACAACGUCCUCGUUGUGGGAGGUCACUCCGACUCUGUGGCUGCUGGCCCUGGUAUCAACGACGAUGGUUCUGGUAUUAUUGGUGUGCUGAAGGUUGCUGAGGCCCUCGCCAAGUUCCGCGUCAAGAACGCUGUUCGCUUUGGCUUCUGGAGCGCCGAGGAGUUCGGUCUUCUUGGAUCCUACCACUACAUCAAGUCUAUCAACGGCUCUGAUACUGAAAUCAACAAGAUCCGUGCUUACCUCAACUUUGAUAUGAUUGCCAGCCCCAACUACGUCUAUGGUAUCUACGACGGCGAUGGCAACGCCUUCAACCUCACUGGCCCUGCUGGCUCCGACGUCCUUGAGAAGGACUUUGAGAAGUUCUUCAAGACCAACCGCAAGCCGUAUGUUCCCUCUGAGUUCAGCGGCCGAUCUGAUUAUGCCGCUUUCAUUGAGAACGGUAUUCCCUCUGGUGGUCUCUUCACCGGUGCCGAGCAGCUCAAGACCGAGAAGGAGGCCAAGCUCUUUGGCGGCGAGGCCGGUGUCGCCUACGACGUCAACUACCAUCAGGCUGGCGAUGACAUCGCCAACCUCAACAGGGAGGCCUAUCUCCUCAACACCAAGAGCAUCGCCAACUCUGUCGCAAAGUACGCCAAGAGCUUCAAGACUCUGCCCAAGGUCCACAAGGCUUCCCGGAGAUGGGACGCCGACAAGGCACAGAUGCUCAAGAGGUCCAGCGAGCACACCCACACCCACAGUGGUCCUUGCGGUGGUAUCAGCCAGUAA